UUCUCCCCAUUGACCUUCCUGUGCCCAGGCUCAGGGGCUCAGCCCAGAUUGGUAAUGGGGCACCGUCGGACCAGGCCUACCAACUCCCAGCCCCUCUGCCCCAGGCUUCCGGCAUCCGUGGAUGGAGAAGAUUUAAGUGUCUGCAGAGAGCCAAGGACGACCUAAAGAGGUUGAGCUGCCAUGGACCAGCCGGCGGGGCUGCAGGUGGACUAUGCUUUCCGUGGAGUGGAGCACGUUGUGCGCUUGGCGGUGAGCGGUGGCGGAGAAGGCCGCGUCCUGGAGCUGGAAGUGGAGGACAAGAUGACCACCGACCAAUGGCGGGGGGAGUUCGACAUCGCGUUCAUCGAGGAUCUGACGCACAAGACGGGCAAUUUCAAGCAGUUUGGCAUUUUCUGCAGCAUGCUGGAGUCGGCCCUCACCCAGAGCAGCGAGUCGGUCACCCUGGACCUGCUGACCUACGCGGACCUGGAAGCCCUGAGGAUGCGAAAGGUGGGGGCGCGGCCCGGCCCCCCGGCCCCCCGCUCCGCCCUGCUCAGCUCCAAGCGCUAUCUCAUCCUCGUCUACUCGGUGGAGUUUGACAGGAUCCACUACCCACUGCCCCUGCCCUACCUGGGCAAGCCAGACCCUGCAGCCCUGCAGGGAGUCAUCCGGGCACUGAGGGAGGAGCUGGCCCAGUUCAAGGCAGGGACCGGCCGGGACGUGGAGAUCCAGCGGCUGCGGGAGCAGCUGUCCCAGGCAGUGGUGGAGAAGCGGGAGCUGGAGGCGGCGCUGAGCCGGGCCCGGGCGGCAGAGGCCCGGCUGGAGGAGGUGCGGGGCGGGCAUGGGGCCCCGCGGGAGGUGGUGGCGCUGAGGCAGCUGGUGCGUCGCCUGGAAGAGGAGCUGCUGCGCCAGCGGAGCCAGCACCAGCGGGCGGCCGGGCACCGCCAACAGGAGUGCAGGCAGCUGGCCCGGGAGCUGGAGGAGGUCAAGGCCUCGGAGAGAAACCUGCGCAUUCGGCUCAAGACGGUAUCCAGCGAGCUGGCCUUGUACAAGCAAGGAAGGAGGAUCCCCAGGGGACCGAGCCCGUCCCCCCCAACCCGCACGGAGCGACCGUCGUCCUGGAGCCGGGCCGACCGCUCAUCCUCCCGCGAGAGCCGUCCCCGCAGCCGGGGCCACCCGGCCCCUUCCCCCACAGGUGGCCGAGCUCCCCGCUUCGACCCCACCGCCUUUGUGCAGGCCCGGCAGCAGAAGCAGAAGGAGGUCAUCCGCAACAACCAGCGUAAACUGCGUCUCGGCCCAGGGGACCCUCCCUCUGGGGGCCGGGCCAGGGGCCGCCCCCCUUCCCGGGGCUCUGGCACCACGUUGGCCCGGGCAGGUACCACAGGGAAGAACCGGACCCGAAGCUCCUCAGUGGAAAGUUUCCGGAGUCAGCGUUCGUCCUUCAGCUCCGGCAGUGAGUUGGAGGAUUUCUCCGAGCCCCUGAUGCCCCGCAGUGGCCGCCGAUGCCUGAGGAAAAGCAGACCGCCCUUGCGGGCCUCAUCCUGGAACAGCCCUGCCGGGGUGCCCCCUCCUUCUGGCAGCCGUCGGAAACGCCUGGUCAGCAGCACCCCCAGCCCCGGGGAACAUGGCAAAGCAGAGAUUGAGCGGUCGGAGCCGGCGGCCCAGCUGUCCGACAUCGAUGCGCGGCUGCAGGCGCUGCAGGAGUACAUGACCCGGCUGGACACGAGGACGUGACCCGGAGCCCGACGGACUCAGAGAGGGCCAGGAAAUGGCUGGGCAGCCAGGGGCCAGGGCCGGUGACCAUCAGGGUGUGCGGGUGUGUCUGUCUGGCUGUCUGUCUGUC